AUGGCUCUCAAUUUCUUUUUGAGUGGGGAAAUCCUGUAUAGGAGGACUCCAGAUUUGGGUCUUCUAAUAUGCGUUGAUGCCGUCGAAGCUGCGAGGCUUAUUGAACAGAUACAUGCUGGAGUUUGUGGCACACAUAUGAUUGGACUCAUUUGGUCAAGAAAGAUCUUACGAGCCGGGUAUUUCUGGAUGACUAUGGAGAAUAACUGUUGCAAAUUUGUGCAAAAGUGCCACAAAUGUCAAGUGCACGGUGAUUUAAUCAGAGUGACACCUCACGAACUUAAUGGUAUGAGUUCACCUUGGACAUUCGUAGCUUGGGGAAUGGAUGUCAUCAGUCUAAUAGAGCCAUCCUCUUCUAAUGGACACAGAUUUAUUUUGGUUGUCAUUGAUUAUUUCACUAAGUGGGUAGAAGCAGCUUCUUACAAGUCGGUAACCAAGAAAGUGGUGGCGGAUUUUGUUCCCAAAAAUCUGAUAUGCAUGUUUGGGGUACCAGAAUCCAUUAUUACCGACAAUGGUGCAAAUCUCAAAAGUCACUUGAUGAGAGAUAUAUGUGAGAAAUUUAAGAUUACUCACCGAAACUCAACCGCUUAUUGUCCCCAAAUGAACGGAUCUAAGAGGCGGCCAAUAAGAAUAUCAAAAAUAUUUUGA